AUGGCGGGCAUCGCCCAGUUCGGACUCGUCGUAGCGGGCCGCCCCGUUGUCACUGACUUUCGGGGAAUUGGCCCCGCGCACUACGUCGUCGACAUCUUGGAACCGACCGAAGUCACGGACCUCACGUUCUUCUUGUUGCCCAGCUCCCCUGUGCCGCCAGGCUUUGGAGCGGUGCUGUACUUUGCCAUCCCCGCUCUGCAGAAUUGGCAGUUACUCGGCACAGUGUUUGCCGAAAAGCCGAGUGCGAUCUUCCGGACUUCGUGGCCGACGCAUCCGGAAGUCGUGGGGCAGCCCGUGCUGCAACUUGGCGUGUCCAUUGAAAGUCUGGACAGUGUCAAGAAUUUGGGGAUCGAAGCCAGUGGCUUGGAAGAGCGCAAGGCGUUUGCACUCAAGAUUGCUCAGGAUCUGUUCAUGUACCUCAGCUCGUUCUCAACGAGCACGAAUCAAAGCUACAUGACGAUCCCUACGAACUUACUCGACAAGUGGAUGGAGCGAUUCGAGGCCAAGUACCGACGAGAUCCGAAUUUCAUGAUGAAAAAUUAG